UCGACAGCACGAGCAAGAAAAAAAGUUUAGUUUCGCCCACGAGGGACAAAAGUGCGGAAAAGUAUAAUUUCCCUUCGAAGUAACGCGGAAUUGUGAAAAAAAUAUUCUCAGUCGUUUUAGUUGGACGCGUGAACGAUAAAAAAGUCCGACGAGCACCAAGAUUCGCGCGCUACCACACGUGGAAAUCAUUAUCCGACGACGAGAGGAAUAUUACCAUUAUACCACCCGUGAUCCAAUGCGACGAAUAUAUUCUGAAAAUGAGCAGUAAUUGAAUGAGUGAAAGGUAAAUCUUACUUUUUGAUCUAUGAAACAAGUGAUUAUUGAACUUUUAAAUCACAGAUCAGAUGCGCAUGGUAGGAUUGGGACAAAACCGGAUCACAAUCAGCGCAAAACGGACAGGGUCAUCGGAGUCUAAUCAAGAAGCGUUCCAAGAGACAGAAACACCCCCUCAAUCGGGGUGUUUUAACGGAACCAGAAAACCUUGGCGGCUGGAAGCCAAUCGACAACGGGAAGAAGGUCAACACUCGCUUGACGACGGAACAGUGAUCCAUUGCAAAGCUGCAACCAAAGCAGUAAGCCGGCGGUGGGAAGCCGAUUUCCGACGCGGUGAAGAACGACACUCUCGCCUCGACGACGGGACUGUGAUCGCGGGAUCAGUCGCACAGCAGCGACCGGAGCAGAAAGGAGGUGGCCGGAAAUCGAUCGACAACAAGAGGGAGUGCGAAACCCUCGCAUCGACAGCGGAAGUGCCUCGGAGAUACCCCAUCCAGGUACCAGGUCGCACUGGACGGCCAGAGGGGUAUUCAGCAGAGGACAGAAGCAGCGUGGGUGGAGCAAUUACGGUGUGCGGCAUGCAAGGCGUCGCGGCGGUUUGUGUUCCGCCGUGCAAGGGCACGAGAUGAAUUAGGGGGACGCCCCAAGUGAAAAGGGAAAACCGUGAGUACGGAAAUGCUAGUGUAAGGAAAGUAAAUAGAAGGAAGGAGAAAA